AUGCCGAUCGUGCUGACCAACUCGCGCGGCAAGGGCGGCAAGCACUGGCUGCCGCGAUGGGGCAGCGGCGGUGCUGGCGCCGGCGGUGGCGCCGGCGGCUCGCUCGAUUUUGAAAACCCGCUCCACCGCGCCAGCGAUUCGUGGGACGAAGAUGACUACACCGAAGACGACGACACCAUCACCACCUGCUCCUCCAAGCCGGGGGAGAGCGACUCGGAGAGCCUGGAAGACGACGACGAGACCCAGUCGUUCGACGACGACGACGAGCUGAGCCAACGCACCGAGGGUGGCCUGUCGGCGGCCGACCUGAGCGAGGUGGGGAGCGACUGCAUCAGCGUGCGGAGCGACGGCGACGAGGCCACCGAGGAGGCCUUUGAUGACGACGACUUUGCGGCGACGACGGACGACUUUGCGAUGACGGCGGCGACCGAUGACGACACCGUCGGCGGGGCGUCGGCGGGGUCGCCGGCCGGCAGCAGCAUCAGCGACCCGGGGGCCGCGACGCACUCCUCGGCCAAGGCGCCGGCGAAGAAGGGCAAGCGGAGCAGCGGGAGUGUCGACAGAAAGAGGUCGCACAAGGAGGAAAAGCAGCCGAAGAAGGAAAAGAAGAGGGAAAAGAAGCAUAGAGAGAAGGAGAAGGAGAAGAAGGAGGAGAAGGAGCGGAAGAGGGACGUCGCGACGUCCAUCGGCCACCAUCACGCUCCUCCUUCGAAGCAGCGGAGCACCUCCAAGGCCGAGCGCGACGGCAAGCCCGCCAUCACGCGGAAGCGGUCCUCGCUGCGGCUGUCGACCACCUACGGCAAGGUCUUUGCCGUCAUGGAGGGGUCCGGCCCAGACACCAUCGAGCAACACGCGGCGACGGCUUCCGGGCCGCACGCCGACUCGUCGAUGACGUCAUCAUUGUCAUCGUCGUCGUCGUCUACGGUGGGCUCCUCGAUGAUGGCCUCGUCGUCGGGUUCGGGCGUGCGGCCGCGCCGAGGGACCGGCUGCUACAUUGCGCCGCCCUCCUCGCUGGCCAACCUGCGCGAUGACAACGGAGGAGCCGCCGGCCCUGCACAGCCGACCGCUGGCGGCAGCUCGGGCGUUGUGGCGGCUGCCGUAGCGGACCACGAGACCAAGUCCACCAAGCUCGACGUGCACCCGCGGCGAGGCGCCAAGGUCGACACCAUCAACAACAACAGCCACAUCGGCGGCGGCGGCGGCGGCAGCACCAUUCGCGCGCCAUUGUCAUCGGGCUCGGCCAUCCACGUCAGCAGCUCGUCGACGGUGCCGACCGAGGCGAGCGACGCCGGUGUUGUUGGGCCGCCGCCGCCGGUGGCCGGAGAAAGCGGCCACCACCCGGGUGGUGGCGGCACGGUGCGGAAGCACAAGGACCUGACGCAGCAGCUGCACCGGGAGCUCAGAGAGAAGGGCGAGCGCAACGAGCAGGCCAAGGUCAAGGAGUUCAAGCACAGCCUCCACCGCGAGCUCGAGGAGCGGCGCGAGAGCGAGAAGAAGCUGCGCGCCCGGCAGAUCCGCGAGCGCCUCCAUUCAGAGCUGCGCGAGCUCGCCGGCGGCGGCGGCGGCAUGGCCGACAGCGACGACGGCAGCGCCGUCGCGCACCACCACAAGGGCGGCAGCAAGGCCUCAUCGUCGUGGUUGUCGUCGUCGCAGCCGGCGCCCAAGGCCAGGGAGGGCGCCGGCCCGUCAUCGACCACCGCGACCAAGGACCAGUCGUCGUCGCUGCCGCGAUGGCGCCGGCCCUUCUUCACCGCCCAGUCGCGCUCCGCGCCCUUCAGCUCCUCCUCGUCCAUCACACCGCUCACCUCCCCACCCGUCCCGCUCUCUUCAUCCUCUUCUUCUUGCUCUACCAUCUCACCAUCCUCCUCCUCCUAUUCCUCCACGUCUUCCUCCUCCUCGUCUUCUUCAUCAUCGCCACCAUCACCGGCGAGAAAAGGCAGCGGGAGCUACGCGAUGAAGAGUUUCUUCCGCCACUCGAGCGACCUGGGCGGCAGCGACGGAGCGACGGCGACGUCGACGCAGUCCGCCGCCGCCGGUGGUGGUGGAGGGUCGGGUCGGGUCAAGGCGCACUCCCGGAAGCGGAGCGUGGGCCAGGGCAGCCUCUUCUGGCGGGAGCUCCUCCACCGCGAGAUCCGCUCGACCGCCGCCCCGUCCACCUCCCCCGCCGACGACUCUGAGCCCCAGCAGCAGCAGACCUCAGCCGGCUCCACUUCCCACUCAUAG